CUCAGAGGGCAUCUUCAGAAGGGUGUCACGGUUAGAGGAAAAUCAAUGAGAGUUAUCGAACCAGAUCCGAAGAUGACAACGCUAACACCUAAUCUGAACACUUCAAGUAAACUUUAUCAGAAUCCCACUCAAACAACUCCAACAAAGCAUGAAUUAAGAGGAAGAGAGAUUGGCUAUUCAAAGACUCUACGAAACUCAAAAUACCCUAAAAAUACGCUAAAGAACAACUUUUUAACAGAUCUAAGCUCACUACAAACAAAGACACAUAUCAAAGACUCUCUCAACGCAUACAUCACCCACAACGGCCGUACCAAAAAUAUGCCUAAAAUCCCCUCUCUUCCCCCCUCCAAACCCGACCAGUCUCCUUACCACCCCCAAAACCCCUCUCAGCCACCAAAAAAUCGGGUCCACUACAACCAAGAUAUUCUCUCAAUAAUGUAA